GACAUCAGGAGUGGACCUCAGUGCCAUGUUCCAGCCCGACUUCUACACCCAGUUUGGCAGCCCCUUUGGGGUGAGGCCAGCUCUGCGGGGGGCUACGCUAACCCCCUACUCAGCGACGGUGGUCCCAGAGCACUACAGAUAUCACACAGGUGAGUACUGCAACCCGUCUAGUGGCCCCCAUCACUGCGGUCAGCCUGGCAGUGCCCACCAUUUCAUUUCUUUCUCUGUUUGCGUGCAGAUCUGGAGCCUGCCCCGUCGCUGCCCCGUUUCGAGCCCCUCUUCCCGGCCCAGUGUGAGCCCCCCACACCUGCCGCAGCUGCUGCCAUGUUCGGGCCGCCCCCCCCAGCGGUGUCGUUGGCUCUGAAGCCUCCAGGGUCGAUGACGGCAGAAUCUGGGCGCCUGCCUGGCACGGUCAAGGUGCAGCUGGACAACCUGGAGCUUUGGAAGCAGUUCAGCAGCGUCGGGACGGAGAUGAUAAUCACCAAGUCUGGCCGGCGCAUGUUCCCCCAGUGUAAAAUCACCAUCUCUGGCCUGGACCCCAACUCUAAAUACCUGCUGCUGAUGGACGUGGUCCCGGUGGACAGCUCCCGCUACCGCUGGCAGGGGGACAGGUGGGAGGCGGUGGGCAAAGCCGAGCCCCGUCUGCCGGACCGCAUCUACAUUCACCCCGACUCGCCGGCGUCCGGGAGCCACUGGAUGAGCCGCAGCGUGUCCUUCCACCGGGUCAAGCUGACCAACAACACGCUGGACUCGCAAGGCCACAUAAUCCUGCACUCCCUUCACCGCUACAAGGCGCGCUUCCACGUCGUCCAGGCCAGUGACCUCUACAGCCGCCGGUGGGGCGGUCAUUCCUCCUUCAGCUUCCCAGAGACGACGUUUGUCACGGUGACAGCCUACCAGAACGAGAAGGUCACUCAGCUCAAGAUCCAAAGUAAUCCAUUUGCUAAAGGAUUCCGAGAACACGGCAUGAACAGCAAGAAGGAGCGUGAAGCUCGACUCAAAAGAAAGACGAAGACCCCCGAGUCGGACACCGAGACGGAAUCCCUGUUUGAUCCCGUCUGCAAACAGAUGUCCAGGGGUGACCCGUGUGACUCGACCGGAAUCCUGGACCCUCCUGUGCUGCCCACCCUGGGCCUCAGUGACUUGCCGCCCACAGACUCCUACACUUCUGCUCCGGGAGCAGCCGGGACCCUGGAUCUUCUGACCACGGGGGCCGAGCAGCCCUACGUCUCUCCGCAGCCAACCGACAUCAAUGCUGGGUUCCUGGAUGUCCAGUCAGCGGAGACCACCAACCUACUGACAGGCUCCUCUCAGGCCGAGGCGGACCCCAAACUUCUUGCUGACCCCGCGCCCUGCCAGUUAGCCAUGCUGCCGUCCUCUUUUGACAGCUACACAGCUGAGUCGCAGCAAGUGACCGCCGAAGUGAUGCCAGCGUACCCCGGCUCCAGCCCACAGGAGCUCCCCGCCGCAGACCUAUCAGGAUUCAGGCCGGGUGGCGGCCCCCAGUUUAUGUUUCAGGGGUACGAUGCCACCCCCCGACUGCACCAUGAGCCGUUUGCCAGCUAUGCCGACCUGCGCUACUCGGCACAUGCGCACCCGAGGCCCUUCUACCAGGACUUCUCUUUGCCCUUCAGGCACCUCUACACCCCACCCACUGCGCCCUAUCUCGACGUCAGCAGGCCCAUGUUCUGAGAUUAGAGACCCCGGACCCCAAACCUGCCGGGACCUUCAAUGGGGGCCACUUAGGACUAAAAUAAGAUGCCACUCUGCCCUGCCACUUGGGCUGGUGGCAAAAACGCAUCAUCUACAAAUCUGAGGUGGGUCACUCCAAGGGAUGAGAAGGCAGACCCCCGACCAGAGGGGAGGUAAGGCCUCGUGUUUUGACAGCUGAAGCCCCACUUUGUCACCUCCGGGUGCCAUUUGUCUCUUCAAGUGACUCAAUUAAGUGGUCAAUAAAGGGAGCCGAGGAUUUUAGCACCUACAUGCCAGCAAAUGUCGAGGGCAGGCACUGCACCUGGUGGGGCGGCCAGGGGGGCUUUGAAUAUCCCAGUUUGCUCAGGCACACACCCGUCACCCCCACAGCUCAGCCUCAUGUGGAGUGGCACAGCGCCAUGCCAAUGUGGAUUAAUGCCAUUUGGGACAGAGUGCAAAUGGAGACGGACAUCAUGAGAUGGGCACGGAUGACCAGUGGUCUUAAUUCUAUUAAGGACUUUCAUAAAAAUAAAACCAAGAUGUCUGACAUGAAGGGUGGGGCAUUGGGCACAUUUGUGCCCUGUAUAAUAAAUGCUUUUAUAUAAAAUGCUUCUGGGUGGGUGUGUACUGUAAAAGGCGCUAUAUACAAUAAAUGGUGUUCUCACAAUGCGCUUGUUUGAGCAGUAUCAGUGUUGGUGGGCACAGCUGCCAGGCUGCCUUGCUCUGGGUGGGUUGGCAGACCCCAUGUUAAUGUGUGGUAAAGCAGCAGGGUGGCAUAUUAAAUGGCACCUGGCUGCUCACAGUGGGUUACACAUACCAAGAACACUAAAGGCUGGAAAAUGUUCCUUUCAUCUGUGGGUGCCCACUGCCAGACUGGCAGGCCAGCCAGGGUUAGGUGGUCUGUCAUCACCACUUUAUAGUUGGCUUGACCGUCUUUGUGGAA